CGUUGGACCUACAAAACAAACACAACAAAUUUUUACCGCCAUGCAUUUAUAUUACAGUGAGGCUCUGCUGUAAUCGAAGCAGCUAUGAGGUUUGUUAAUAGGCUGUUCUGUAAUGAAUGGAGGGGGCUGUUGAGCAGGGACGUGUCCUCAUACACACAGGGACAGAGUCCAGUGGCCAAAAUCAGAGAGUAUUUCUACUACAUCGACCAUCAAGGACAGCUGUUUCUGGAUGACACCAAGGUGAAGAACUUUGUCACCUGUUUCAAAGACCAGCACUUCUUAGUGUUCUUCUUCAGCCGUCUGAAGGUCAACCAGAGCGGCCGAUAUGAACAGGACUUCCCCUUCCUCUCUCUCUGCGGCCGCGAGCAUAACUUCCUGCGCUGCGAAGACCGGCCAGUUGUUUUCACGCACCUGUUGUCGGAGGCGGGGCAAGAGGAGCGUCUGUCGUACUGUGGAGGCGGGGCCAAACUGACCACCCCGUUCCGCCCAGAAUCUCUCUUCAUGCACCCGGUCAGCGGCAGAGUGUACCAUCCCGGACCGGAGCGAGGGGGAGGCGUGGGAUUGGUCCGGUCAGCGAUGGCCAUCGAGCUGAGCGCGCACUUUGAGUACGCCAUGGGUCAGGAGAGCGCGGGACCGCCCACUCAUUUCAUGUGGGCGGGUCAUCGACACACUCUGACCAAUGAGCUGGCCAAACAUUUUCCUGUUCGAACAGACGAAUGUGUGACGCUGCAGUGAUUCGAUCGACCGACAGAUAGAAGUGUAUUUAUGUAUAAUGUAUAUUCUGAACGCACUGCUGAAAUAAAUGUAUAUAUUGGGUCUUAUA